GACCACGCUCAGAGGGAGACACACCACCUUGGCAGGGAUUGAAAACCUUUUGAUCAUUUAUAGUGAUAAAUACAAGUGAUUCUGCGGAGUUUAGACAUGUAUUUGAGCAAUCAUCAUUCAUUCAAACCAAUCACUACCACAUCAAAACAAAAUCCCGAAGGUAGCACAUGGCAGAAUUUGUAGCUGAGGAAAGAGAGAAUCUUUAGGAAACAAUCCCUCAUCCAAAAUUAUGUCAACUUUACCCUGCUCUUAGAAAAGGAUUUAAGAUGUCUUAUGUAAUGUUUUGCUCUGCAGGUUCUUUCAUCUUUGCUUUCCCUGUUUUUGGGGACGAAAUAUGCAAAAAGGUCAGAAGGCCACAGAGAAGGAGGGAUUAUGUCAGCUAACCUUUAGAAUGUCUUUCCUGGAUCAGAUGAAGCUGCGGGGUCUGAUAGAUGUUGGUCUCAUAUUGAUCCUGGCCUCUUAUUCAAAAGGUCAUAGCUGGAAUGUCAGUGUCCCUAACAACGUUUAUGGAAAAUUGGGCUCAGCCGUGACCAUAAAUUGUACAUUUACCUAUCCGGAAAACCAGCACACUGAUAAUGUUCAAGUUUACUGGAAAACGCCUCGGAAAAGUAACAUUACAGUCAGUGAUAAGGACAAAAAUUCAUUUGUUUUUCACACAAAUGAGGAACUUGUGCUUCAGGAGUACAGGGGAAAGACUCGGCUCAUUGGAAAUAAAACUCAGGGAGACUGCUCCCUUGAGAUCGUCAACAUCAUGCAAAAUAGUCUACUAAUCUAUAUGAGAGUUAUCGCAAAAAGUGAUAACUACAGUUUUACCAAAAACAUUGUCCGCAUUAAUGGAACUGAUGCUAGACCAGACACCCAUGAGACAGUGGAGAUCCCCAAGGAGGUUGGACAAAUGUAUGUGGCCAUCUUUGCACCAGUUUCUGCACUUCUGAUCAUUAUUCUUAUUACUGGAAUAUUCUGUUACAUAAAACAAAGGUAACUUCACUUUUAGACUAUUUGUAAACUGAACGUGGGGCUUGCAAGUCAGCUAAAGUAUUUAUGUUUCAUGACUGAUCCUGGUGUUAUCCAUGAUGUAAACCAUCUGCAGACAUCUUAAAGUUCCCAUCCACUCUUCAAUGUGAUAUUGUUACUUAGCUUGGAUGUUUGAACAUGACUGUGCACAAUGAUGUAUGUGCAGGGUUUGACACUAGAAGGCUGUUUUCAUAUUGAUUGGCAGAAGGGAAAAGUCUCUGUGUGC